UCCUCCCUACAAAACCUCAACUCCAUUACAUUCCCAAACGUCCAAAUUUCCCAACUAUGGCGGGAUCAUCAAAACAUACAAAUUAACCAACAAAUAUCACAACACCUUUUGUUGUUUCCGUUAUUAUUAUUACUAUUUCAACACCAAAUAAUAAUAAAAAUGGCAUCAUCACAACUCCCGGUGGUGGUGGGGGUGGUGGUGCUAGUGGCGGUGCUAGUACUCACACCCGCCGUGUCAGGUGAUGCCGUUACUGAUGAAGAGGGUUGCAGAACCGAACUAGCGACCUUAUCACCGUGUCUAAGCUACUUAACGGGGAAGAUUUCCACACCGUCCCCAACGUGUUGCUUUCAACUAAAAGCUAUCGUUGAAACAGAACCAUGGUGUCUUUGUUAUGGAAUCAUCGGUCAAGAUAACGUUAUAUUUGGAUUACCUCCAAACACACCGGUUAAUCAAACAAGGGCUUUAACUCUUUCGAAUGUCUGUGAUAUUCAAGGUAUUCCGCCUGUUGCCGGUUGCAAAGAAGUACUGCCACCGGGAACGGCUAUUCCUCAACUGCCUGCGGGGGCGGGUCAAGCCGGGUCAUCAGCUGAUGGGGUUGCUUCCGACGAUUAUGGAGGACCUAAAUCGAGUUCAUCUAAUAAUGGAAACAUGACGAAAAUUCCAAUUCUUAUGACCCUCUUCCUUCUCUUCGUCACUUCAAGUGUUUAUGCUAUCAUUAUGUUGUAAUUUUGAAGUUCUUUUCAAAUACAAAGAUUAAUUAACCCAUUAAAUGAAACUAGAGGGUGGCUAUAACCACUACAAAAAAUUGUAUCAUUAACGACGGGAAAUCCUGUUGCCAAAGGCCAAUAAUCGUUGAUUAAUGACGGGAUUUUCGAUUGCGAAACCGUUAUAAAAUGGGGCCGUCGUUAAUGGAAAAUGACAUGAGUUGGAAUUAUUAAAUAAUAACGAGGACUGCGUUUUUACGUCGCA